GCUACAUCACCACAGCUCAGCACGACGACCCGUGCCAAGGGAACCCAAAUGCUCCUAUACAAUGGGACAACGCUGCGAAGAUCAAUCACUUCCUCGCGGCGAAGACCAUGGCCGCUUCUCGCGGGCAGAGCAUCCGCGGGGCGCACUCCGUGAGAAAGCCCAAGGACAUGCUUGUGUCUGCAUACUGCUACCACCACCGUGGGGAG